CAGCGCUGGAUCCCAGGACUCGGUUCUGCGCGACUGCUCUGACUCCCGCCCGCCUCCGCGGUGCGCGCCGGGGGUGGUCCGCAGCAGGGUCCGCUCUCCGCGCCAGGUGCGCCGCGCGCCCGGCUCAGCCAUGUCGUCCUGCAGCCGCGUGGCGCUGGUGACCGGGGCCAACAAGGGCAUCGGCCUCGCCAUCGCGCGCGACCUGUGCCGGCAGUUCUCGGGGGACGUGGUGCUCACGGCGCGGGACGUGGCGCGGGGCCAGGCGGCCGUGCAGCAGCUGCAGGCGGAGGGCCUGAGCCCGCGCUUCCACCAGCUGGACAUCGACGACCUGCAGAGCAUCCGCGCCCUGCGCGACUUUCUGCGCAAGGAGUACGGGGGGCUCAACGUGCUGGUCAACAACGCGGGCAUCGCCUUCAAGAUGGAUGAUCCAACACCCUUUGACAUUCAAGCUGAGAUAACACUGAAGACCAAUUUUUUUGCCACUAGAAAUGUCUGCACCGAGUUACUGCCAAUAAUGAAACCUCAUGGGAGAGUGGUGAAUAUCAGUAGUUUGCAGGGUUCAAAGGCUCUUGAAAACUGCAGUGAAGAUCUGCAGGAAAAAUUCCGGAGCGAAUUACUCACAGAGGGGGACCUUGUGGACCUCAUGAAAAAAUUUGUGGAGGACACCAAAAAUGAGGUCCAUGAGAGGGAAGGCUGGCCCAACUCAGCUUAUGGAGUGUCCAAGUUGGGGGUCACGGUUUUAUCGAGAAUCCUGGCCAGGCGUCUGGAUGAGAGAAGAAAAGCCGACAGGAUUCUGCUGAAUGCGUGCUGCCCUGGGUGGGUGAAGACAGACAUGGCCGGGGAUUACGGCUCCAGGACUGCGGAGGAGGGGGCUGAGACCCCCGUCUACUUGGCCCUCCUGCCUCCGGAUGCUACUGAGCCUCAGGGUCAGCUGGUCCGGGACAAAGUUGUGCAAAACUGGUGAAUAUCUGCUUUGGAGCUUAAUGCUUAAUAAAUGUUGGUAGAAUGAGUGACUGAAUGAAUGAA